CCCCUUGUUUUAUUUUUUCCUCCCUUUUGCAUUUCAUCUUGUCCUCCCUCGCCUCCGUGGGGCGCAGCGCGCUGCCCGGACGUCUGCCCUCGUCCCGCCCGUCGUCCCUCGCCCGGCCGCCCGCCCGCCCGAGCGAUGAGCAUUGAGACGCUGCUGGAGGCGGCCCGCUUCCUGGAAUGGCAAGCGCAGCAACAACAGAGAGCACGUGAGGACAAUGACAAGCUGCGGCUGGAGCGGGAACAGGAGCAGAAGAAGGCGAGCGCGGCGAGGGUUAACCACGCCCUGCCCCGCGAAGAGGCCCCCCCGGCCCCGCCACCCGCCCCCCCACCCGCCCUGGCCGCCCCCCUGACGGUCAUCCCCAUCCCCGUGGUCACCAGCUCCCCGCAGCCCCUGCCGCCGCCUCCGCCGCCUCCCCCGCAGCUACCCCUGGCCCCGCGCCAGCCCACCCUGGUCGGCGCCCCCGGGCCGAGCGGGAAGGACCCCGGCCUCCCCCUCCCGCUCAUCCGGCCCCCCGUCGCCCCCUCCCUCCUGCCGGACGCCAAGGCGGCCGUCCCGGCCUCGGGCAGCCCCAAGCCCCUGCAGCCUUUCCCCGCGUCCAUCCUGACGGUGGUCCAGCAGCCCAGCCAACCCCAACCGCCGCCCCCGCAGCCGCCGCCCCCACCUCCCCCACCCCUCGGGGCCCUGAAACUGGCGCCCGCCGAAGACAUCAAGCCCAACGAGCAGAAGAAGCGGCCGGGGGGGAUCGGGACCAGAGAAGUGCACAACAAGCUGGAGAAGAACAGGCGGGCCCACCUGAAGGAGUGUUUUGAAACCCUGAAGCGGAACAUCCCCAACGUGGAUGAGAAGAAAACAUCUAAUCUCAGCGUCCUCCGCAGCGCCCUGAGAUACAUCCAGACGCUGAAACGAAAGGAAAAGGAGUACGAACACGAGAUGGAGCGCCUGGCCCGGGAGAAGAUCGCCGCUCAGCAGCGCCUGGCGGAGCUGAAGCACGAACUGAGCCAGUGGAUGGACGUGCUGGAGAUCGAGCGGGUGCUCAGGCAGCCCGGGCAACCGGAAGACGACCAGGCCUCCACCUCUACGGCCUCGGAGGGCGAGGACAACAUGGAAGAGGACAUGGAAGAGGACCGGCCCAUCUCCGGACUGCCCAAGCUGAGCCAGCGGCCCCAGGCCGAGCCCUUGAAGCCAGCACCCCUGCCCCCCGGCGCCAUCCCCAGCCCGGCCCCCCACUCCCACCCGGCAGCCCUGCCCCCUCCACACCUUCCCCUGCCGCAGAAGCCUCCCCUCCCCCCUCCACCACCCACGGCUGCUGCCCCCUCAGCCCUGGUCCCGGCCUCCGCCCACCUGGUGGCCACCGCGGCGGCGGCGGGCAGCUCGACGGUCAUCGCCCACACGGCCACCACCCACGCCUCGGUCAUCCAGACUGUGAACCACGUGCUCCAGGGGCCAGCCGGCAAGCACAUCGCCCACAUCGCCCCCUCGGCCCCCAGCCCCGUCCAGCUGGCCCCCGCCACCCCGCCCAUUGGCCACAUCACCGUCCACCCGGCCACCCUGAACCACGUGACCCACCUGGGGCCUCAGCUGCCCCUGUACCCCCAGCCCGUGGCGGUCAGCCAGCCCGUGGCGGUCAGCCACAUUGCCCACACCCUCUCCCACCAGCAAGUGAACGGCACGGGCGGGCUGGGCCCACCGGCCGCCGUCAUGGCCAAGCCGACGGUGGGGGCCCAGGUGGUCCACCACCCCCAGCUGGUGGGCCAGACGGUCCUGAACCCGGUCACUAUGGUGACCAUGCCCUCGUUCCCCGUCAGCACUCUGAAACUGGCCUGAAGGGGAGGGACGCCGCUGAGAGGCCCCGGGCUCAACACCCACCCAGGGUGAGAGCCAGGUCUCCGGGCCCCGAGCGGGCUGGGGUUGGGGGGCAGGGGUGCGCUUCCCUCCCCCCCCACCCCGGUCAGCCUGGCCGGCCUCAUACAUUCCAGCCCAGCCCUGGCCCUCGCCCCAGGGGGCCAGGAUGAGGGGUAGAGACAUGGAACCCGGUGCCGGGGUCGGUGUGGGGCCGCACCCCCUCCCCUCACUCCCGGGAUACGGGCCGGGGGCGGGGGUAGGCAGGGGCCCAGCCUCACUGCCCUAGGACUCACGAGUGAUGACGUGGGUGAGCGUGUCCCCGUCCCCUCCGUCCACCUCCAGCCUCCUGCUUCCCCCUGUGAUCAGUGAGAUGUGGAUGUGAUGUUCAUGGUUUUGGUCUCCCCCAUCCCCCUCGUCCUUCCCUUUUCACGUGCUGCUACUGCUGCUGCUUGGUAGGGCGAGGUGGCUGAG